AUGUCUGCUUCCAUUCGUUUUCUUCUGGUAUUAUGCUGCAUCACUGCUCUUAGUGAAGCAUUUCGUUGUAAAAUUGUCGUCAGAGUUACCUCAAGGACUACUAAAAAGUUCAAAGCCGAAAUCGCAGUACCUGCGCUCGGAAUCAAAUCCGAGCCGAUGGUUUUCGAGGGUGAGACUACGAAGAAGAUGAAGGUGAUCGGUGAAGAAUGUGGAAAGAAACCCUGGGUCAUACGCACCUACAAAUGGAAGAACAACGAAUGGAAGCUAGCUCACAGAAUAACGGCAAAACUACAAGGACAAGGAUGGAUACGGAUUGUCGUAAAUGAUGACCUCAAACCAUCGCCUUUGGACAGGUUCGGAGUAAUGUGCUCAGAAGGAAUCUGCGGUUAA